AUGAAAAAUCUAACAACUACUGAAAAGAUUGAAGGAAGAAGAGAUCCAGCAUCCAACACAAUUGAAACUGAUGAGACAGAUGCUGCGGGCAAUCAAGUUACGAAGAGUUUAAACUCAAAUGACAGUUCAUUCUUUUACGUCAAUCAUUGUAUCACUGGUAGCCGCUUGUACAAGACAUCGAAAAAUAUCAGCAUUCAACCUUUCCAAUUGAAUGUAACAUCCAAUCAAAAUGUUUACAAAUAUCAUGAAGAAAAUUAUCAGGCAAGGAAAAAUUCAUUUACCAACAUUUUUCAGAAAAGAGUAUGGGGUAGCAAUUUUGAACUUAAUCAAAGAGGGGGCGGGUUGAGUUCAUCAGAUGAAUUUAUAAACGUCUUGACGGAGUUUCUUAACAAAGUUGGAACUUUGUCAUAUUUCAAGAUAAACAAUCAUGUGAGUGUUUAUAAGGAAGUCAGAAAAAGUGCUAAAAUGUUCAGGUUAUGGCUAACGUAA